AUGCCCAAGGCAUCUGCUGCCAGCGCAUGGCCCGGAGCUCCUCCUGUCGCUGAGGACGGCUUCGCAUUCGCCGAAGGUGUAUUUUUCGCCCAAUCCUCUGGUCAAAACCAGCAUCGACCCAAUGUGAGCAAACUUGAGACUAGAUUUAAGAAAGAGUGGACAAAGAACGACCGUGAGGCGAAGAAGGGUACAACCAGCAAACUUGCUGCGCAAGUGGCGCCUGUGAAGACUGAGACGAAGAAAACGGCUGCAGCGGGAACCAAAAGAAAGGCAAACGAUGAUGAAAGCAAUGCGACAGCCAAAAAGCCAAAGACUGCGACGCCCAAGGCAAAAGCGCCAGCAAAAGCACCCACCAAAAGCACGGCAAAGACAGCGGCAAAGGACCCUGAAACGGACCCCGCACCAGCACCAGCACCAGCACAGCGAAAGCCCCAAACAGCUCGCUGCUUUAGAGACGACCCUUCUCCCGAACCUCCCAGAUUCGCAAAGCCUCAGACUGCACGACGCAACGGCGCUUUUGCGGCCCCGGGACGAAUACCCGCUCCGUCGGGCUACGAUGAUGCUCCACCCCCAUACUCGGAAUUUCCAGAUCAAGAUUACUCCUCGGAUGAGAGUAACGGCAGCGAUGACGUCGCGGUGGAGGAGGUCAGCCUUGCACCCUUGGGUCUUUUGAAUGGUGAUUACGAAGUUGAAUCGCACAAUGUGAGCGAGCAAUGGGAUUUUGGCCCUGAUGAGUUCCAAUUGACUCUUACAAUCGCUGGCAACCGACUCUGGGGAAGUUUUAACCUCGGCGUCUACGAAGGCGCACUUCUCUUCGAAGAACGUCCCAUGCGUUCAUCGCAUAUCACGUCUGGCUGGAUGGAGUUUCUUGGCGACGGUCGCAUUGAAGGUUGGCUGGACCGUCAGUCUCUCUCAUUUCAGGCGCGUCGAUUGCCUGGUCAAGGAACGCGAAGUAGCAUUGAUGCUCGAACUCUACAAGAUGAAUGGGACGGUUAUUCCUAUCGGUUAUACGAAGAGGAGAAUCGGGCGCGGCGGCGAUGA